AUGGGAAUACUUUUUUCACAUUGCAGUGGCGGAAGAGAAAAAGAGGAUAAAAUUAGUAAAACUGAUAGAGCAGUACUUAAUUUAAAAAUUCAAAGAGAUAAAUUAAAGAAUUAUCAAACUCAGGUAUUAGAGAUAGCAAUAGCUAAAGAAUGUUCUAAAGCGGGUAAAAAGAAUCAAGCAUUAUUAGCAUUAAAGAAAAAGAAAUAUCAAGAGAAAAUGUUAGAUGAAUCAUUUGCAAAUUUACAAAAUAUAGAAGAACUUAUAGCAAAUGUAGAACAAGCAGAAAUACAGGUUAGAAUCUUUGAAUCUUUGAAACAAGGUAAUGAAUCACUCAAAGAGAUUCAAAAGGAAAUGUCAUUAGAGGAUGUAGAGAACUUAAUGGAAGAAACAGCUGAAGCAAUUCAAUACCAAAAUGAUAUAUCUGAAGCAUUAAGUGGUAAAUUCAGUAAAGAAGAGGAAGAUGAUUUAUUAAAUGAAUUGGAUGAAAUGGAAAAACAAUUAAACGCACAACAAUAUCCAAAAGUACCAGAGACACAAUUACCAAAGAUUGAAUUACCAAUUGAAGAUGCUAUCGAAGAAGGUAAACAAAUGGUAUUGAAUAGAGAAAAUAGUAGUAAUAGUAAUAAUAAUAGUAGUGGUAGUGGUGGAAGUAGUGGUUUAAAAGUUAUCAUAAUAUCAUGUAAUCAUGAGAAGACUAUUGGUGAUAUCAAUGAAUUUGGUGGUUCAAUUAGCGGUAUUGGUGAAUCAGGUGAUUCAAUUAAUAGUAUUGGUAAAUCAAGUGAUUCAAUUAGUAGUGACGCCAAUGACCUCAGUCAUUCAAUUAAUAUUAUUGUUGAAUCCGGUGAUUCGAUAAGUAGAGACGCUAAUGACCUCAGUGAUUCAACUAAUAGUAUUGGUAAAUCCAGUGAUUCAAUUGGUAGUGACAACAAUAAUUAUACUGAUUCGAUUAAUAGCAUUGGUGAAUUAAGCGAUUCAAUUAGUGGUGAUAUCACUGAAUACAGUGGCUCAAUUAGUGUUGACAUCAUUGACUAG